GGUAGACCAAUACAGUCGACACGCAGAUUGCACUUACAGACAGUACCAAUCGCUCUAGCAGCGUGCUGUGUUGUGGAGUCAUCCCACUUCAGAGAGUCCAUGUCGGGUUGGGGAAGCAAAGGCGUGCGACUGUGUCUGCGGAUACGCACGUGCAUGUCUCAGACCUCACGCCUGCCCCUUUUGAAUGGCCAACGGACAGUAUCGCGUGGGAUUUCCCAGUUUCUUAAAUCCAAACAUCUGCUUGAAGUGCCAGAUCACUGUAUUCACAUGUCAAGUUUAGUAUGCAGGUCUGAUCCAAGUUUAACAGAUGAAGCAUUUUAUGAAAGACUUGCUGAUGAAACCCUUGAUGCCUUAGCAGAGUAUUUUGAAAACCUUGCAGACAAAGAUUUCACUUUUCCAGAUUAUGAUGUAACGUUUGGGAGUGGUGUGCUAACAAUAGAAGUAGGAGGAGGCCACGGAACAUACGUGAUUAACAAGCAGACACCAAACAAGCAAAUUUGGCUGUCUUCACCAGUCAGUGGUCCUAAACGUUAUGACUGGAAUGGACACAUGUGGGUUUAUUCUCAUGAUGGUGUUAGCUUAUACGCCUUGCUGACAGAGGAAUUUUCUGCAGUCUUCAAUACCAAAGUAGACCUCCAUCGCCACAUUCCAAAAUGUAAAAUUCAAAAUAGAUCUGGUGAAAAACUCAAUCUAAAAGACUGUUAAAAAUUAUUGAGACAAUGGAAUGGUGGAGUGGGGGGGAAAUGAACGCAACUGCACAACUAAUACACACCUGUUCCUGGCACCUUCAGGGGCUGCUUUUCUGUAGCUCUGCUUUUGAAGAGGCUGCUGUACUGAUGCUGCAAAACGUUUUUAACACGAGUGUGUAAUUUAAAAAAACAAAAA